CAAACAAUAAAGUAGUUUUUCUUCACACACUUCAUUUUCACAUACAUCAAUAAUCUAUGCAUAAUUUGCAUAAAAAUCAGUGUUCCCCCAACACGGAAAUGGAGGGACACGAGCACAUCAAAAACGGCUUCUUGAGGGCGGAUCAGAUCGAUCUCAAGAGCUUAGACGAACAACUACAAAGGCAUCUUAACACCAACACAUCUUCUGCUACAUCUAUUAGAAGAGCAAGAAGUUUCGAAAAAAACACUAACAUUAAUCUCAAUAUUAGUGGCAUAAACUUCAAUAACAACCCGCCGUCGUAUAAUCAACAAAAAUCACAUGAUCAUCAUGAACAAAAUCACCAUGGAGUUGGAGUAGAAACUCAUCACAUGAUCCCUAGGUUGAGGAUUGAUACAAAUGUUAAUAAUAGACAAAGGCAAGAUUGGGAGAUCGAUCCUUCUAAGCUUAUUAUUAAAUCUGUAAUAGCUCGUGGCUCCUUUGGCACCGUUCAUCGUGGUGUUUAUGAUGGUCUUGAUGUUGCAGUAAAACUUCUUGAUUGGGGUGAAGAGGGGCACAGGACAGAUGCUGAAAUAGCUUCACUUAGAGCCGCUUUUACCCAAGAAGUCGUUGUAUGGUAUAAACUUGACCAUCCCAAUGUGACUAAGUUCAUAGGGGCUACAAUGGGUACAUCAGAACUCAAUAUACAGGGAGAUGGUGGUCAUUUUGGCGUGCCACGUAAUUCAUGUUGUGUAGUCGUGGAAUACCUUCCUGGCGGAGCUUUGAAAUCUUUCCUCAUAAAAAACCGAAGGAAGAAGUUGGCUUUUAAAGUUGUUAUGCAACUGGCACUUGAUCUUGCGAGAGGGUUGAAUUAUCUUCAUACUAAAAAGAUUGUCCACAGAGAUGUGAAGACAGAAAAUAUGCUUUUGGACAAGUCCCGAACCUUAAAGAUUGCAGACUUUGGGGUUGCACGUGUAGAGGCAUCAAACCCGAAUGACAUGACUGGUGAAACUGGCACACUUGGUUACAUGGCACCAGAGGUUCUUAACGGGAGUGCAUAUAACAGGAAAUGUGAUGUAUAUAGUUUUGGGAUUUGUCUAUGGGAAAUAUAUUGUUGUGACAUGCCUUAUCCCGAUCUUAGUUUCUCAGAAGUGACUUCGGCUGUUGUCCGCCAGAAUUUGAGGCCAGAGAUACCUCGGUGUUGUCCAAACUCGCUUGCGACUGUUAUGAAAAGAUGUUGGGAUGCAAAUCCAGACAAGAGGCCAGAGAUGGACGAGGUGGUGGCGAUGUUGGAGGCCAUUGAUACUUCAAAGGGUGGAGGAAUGAUACCCGGAGAUCAACAACAAGGAUGUUUUUGCUUUAAUCGGACUAGGGGUCCUUAAAGAGAUAGUUUCAUCAUCUCUGUUUCUCAAUCGCAAUCAAAUAGCGCGCGGUCGUCAAUCAACAACUUUUCAACUUCUUCAAGUGUUUGUAGAGUACGUACAAUUAUUAGAUGGACAUACUUAAGAUGUUUGUAUAGUAUAAGUAUCAAAUAUUCAAGUAAUAUAUGCACAUCAGGAGUUGUUAUAGUGGUUUAACUGUUUAAGCCUUGCAUGUUACAUUCAAAGAUAAAAUGCUUUUGUAAUAUAUGGUUAAGAAGAGUUUGGCAU